UUAACAAAAUAUGGACAAACUAGCGAAAAUGAUCGAUGUGGAUGAAACCUCCCUCUCUAGCGAGAUGAGAGAUGCUAAGUUACGAGAACUUUGCAAAAAUGUUAUUGACAACAAGCCUAAGAUCGUUGAUAAGAUCAAAAGAGCAUUCCCCACUUUGAACUUCUUGGACUGCCAUAAGAUCAGAGCUUUACUUCAGGAUUUAAAAAGAGCGGGAAAAUUAUAGUCAAAUUCAUCAAGGAAACCCCUAGCAAGAAAGCUGCCGAAAAGAAUUCUCAGGAGGCCCAAGAGGCUACCAAAAACAAGGAAGAAACCAAAGCUAAGAGCAAUGGGGAGAACAUUCCUCCAAACCAAGCCAAGAGACCACGUCCUUACUAUGUAGGCUCUGAGGCAUUGCGGGGAAAGAAAAGAAAAUCUAAAGCAGUUUCCAAGCUCAGGGAGACUCUCACAAUGAAGUCUAAGAAGAAAGAUCCCAAUCAAAUGGGUAUAGAGACAUUUCUGGUCCCCAAAAGAAGGAAGAAAACCGAUAAUUCCCAAUUCCUUAUGAUGGGAUGCUCUGAUUCUUAUUCAUGAAUGCCCGCAAGUUCUCAAAGCAGCAUUAUUUCUACUGAAUCAAGAGUGAGAAGUAAGAAAAGACUUAAUAAACUCAUGGGGAAGAAAUCUGUAGGCUCUAAGACUAGAAGCAGGCUUAAUUCCAAUGAUUUCCACACUGAAGAAGACUGAAGUAGUCUUUCUGCUUUACAGACAAUAAAGACUCGGAAAAGAAAUAGAUUAAACUACCUCAAGUCUGAAGACAUGAUGCUGAUGUCCGCUUGUGAAGAAGACUCUGCUAUCAGCGUUCAGAGCCACAUUACAAGGAAAUUUAGAAAGAGAAAAGCGAUUCCCUUCACCCAUAGUUAAGUUAAAAUAAAAAUUAAAGAUUCGGUAUCAACC